AUUCCUCCUCCAUUUUCUCUUUUUUUUACAUCAUUAAAAUUUAUCUUAAGGAAGUAGCAGAGGAAACAAUUACGAAUUGUCCCCCUUCCCAAUAUAAACUGCGAUUUAUGAUUUAAAAAGAGUCAGUUUGUCAUUUAUUAACUUCAAGGCUAACAAAGUCCAGGAACGACCUUGUUCUACGUGUAAAAAAAGAUCCUCUUACAUUUAAAAUACACUUGAAUUGUUUAGUAACUGUUAUUUGUAAGUGUAAAGUCUUUACAGUGGUGUUGUCUACAUAAAUAUAAAAAUGUUUAACUUGUCAACAAUUACAAUUUUGAUUGUUUCAUUCAUUUUGUUACAAAACUCAUUGCAAACCCCAGUAACAGAAGAGUAUUCUGUGUUGGUUUCGAAUGGUAAAUGCGUACUAGAAUCUAGAAACUUUCAAAAAAUUGGUAAUAAUUGGUACGAUUUAAACAAUUGUAAGAUGUAUGAAUGCUUCCUGAAUGGAGUGAAAGCAGUUGUGAAGCAGAACAGUUGCUCCGACUCUUUUGAUAGAAAAUCAAACUGUCGAAUGCAGAAGGAAACGGGAAUGUUCCCAACAUGCUGCUACGGUAGCAUCGUUUGUGAUAGAAGAAGAUCAACAAGGCAUUCCAAGAGGGAACCAUUCAAGAAUAUGUUCGAAUUUAUGAAAAAAUAAAUAAAUAAAAAAGAAUAACAAAUAAUAAUAAUAAUAUCAAUGUAACAUUAUUUUAAUUCGAAAAUAAAAAUUUUAAUUAUAAUUUUAAAUCAAAGUUUAAUUAUUUAAUUAAUAAAUAAGCACGCUUCGUAGAUAACACUCACAAUUAGAUAUGAAUGAUAUUAAUUAU